CCUAGGAGACAGCUGGUACUGUUGGAAACUACAAUGUCAUUGUUUCAAGAUGAAUACUAAAAUUCUAUGCUUGUAAACUUGAGACCUUGUAAUUGCAUGUUUAAGCUGUCCUGUUGCCUUGGUUCCUGUUGAAGCAGGGCAGAGAAACCUAGAGAACCUCAUCAAUUACAGCUGGCCCCAUCAAGCCAGCAAUUGACAUUGUUAAUGUAUGCCAAACAAUGUUCAAGGGCACCAGUAUAAGUGCCUGAUGCAGUGGUAUUGAUCGGCAUUCAGCACAGAAAGCAAAAAUCAUCCAUUCUGCUAGGUCCUCAAUUUGCUGGAAGGAAAUAUAAGCACUGACAUGGCCUCAAGCUUGAUAAAUGCAGUUCUUUUUGUGACAUUCAUUGCUUUGGUCACAGCAAGUGAUCCUGAUAUCAUCACAGACUUCGUGAGCCCGGCAAAUCUAACAAAGAUUGAUGGGGAUUUCUUCACCUUUACCGCCCUUAGAGGCUUCUUUGAUAGCGACUACCCACCAAACUUCAAGGUGACAAAGGCUGGUAUGGCAGAGUUCCCAGCUCUUAAUGGCCAGAGUGUUUCCUUCGCUGUCCUUGAGUACCCGGUCGGCACAAUCAACCCACCUCACAUCCAUCCGCGUUCUGCUGAGCUCCUUUUCGUUGUCGACGGAAGCCUUGAGGUGGGCUUCGUCGACACCACCAAUAAACUUUUUACUCAGACUCUUCAACUCGGUGACAUGUUUGUGUUCCCCAAGGGACUCGUGCACUAUCAGUCUAAUGCCGAUUCCAAGAACCCUGCCACAGCUAUCUCUGCCUUUGGCAGUGCAAAUGCUGGCACUGUAUCUGUGCCCACAACUGUGUUUGCUACUGGCAUUGAUGAUAAUAUCCUGGCCAAGGCUUUUAAAACUGAUGUUGCUACUAUCCAGAAGCUCAAAGCAGGUCUUGCAGUGAAGACCUAACAUGAUCCUGGUUUUGCUAUUCUCGGCAUAUGUAGUUUUAAUCACUUGUUCUUCUACCUCCUUUUCAUUUGAGUUUCAGCAAAGAAAGAAUGAAUCUUGUUUAAUAAAACAAAUUAUAUGGUGAUUUUAUAUCAAAGAA